CUCCGUCCAUCCAUUCCCUCGCCGGCCCAGUUGCAACUUGGCUCCAGUCGUUGGUAGAACACAGCCGCUCCCACUCCCGAGGCGCUCCAGGCGGGAUAACAGGUCCGAGUGUUGCUGGAGAGUGCCGCGUCCCUGUUCCCUGACGUCUGACCGGUCUGCGCGAGACUUUCUGAAACCGCUGCUCGUGUCCGAAGCUCCCUGCGAGGACUUACAUACGCCCACCAGCGACAACAAACAUGACUGCCGACGUCCAGGUCCAAGAGGAGGUGGUUAGGAGGGUGAUGUCCAUGACGCAGAUCGACCGAGAUGGACUUCGUGAUGCCUACAGCGAAGUCCGCGAUGACAAGUCCGACAUUAACUGGGCGGUCUUCAAGUACGAGGGCAGCCAGGUGAUGGUGGCAGCCAAGGGCGAGUCCUUUGAUGACUUCAAGGCACAGUUCGGUGAGGAUGAGCGAGCAUUCGCCUACAUCCGUCUGCAGACUGGGGAUGAGAUGAGCAAGCGGUCAAAGUUCCUCCUGGUGACGUGGGUUGGGCUGGGUGUUUCUCCCAUCAAGAAAGCAAAGAUGUCCACAGACAAGGCACUUGUCAAGGAGAUCUUAGCUAACUUUGCAGUCGAGCUGACAUUGGAGAGUUUAUCAGAGUUGGACCAGGAUGCCUUCAGGCAGGAGCUUAUCAAGGCUGGUGGGGCCAACUAUGGGACAGGUAUCCGCGAGUAGCCCAUUAGUGCCUAGGCACUGACUGGGUCAAGGGGCAACAGUGGGGCCUUGUGCAUCAUGAAUCUAGCCAAGACGUUCAACCCUUGACUAGAUCUAUGGGAUCUUUCCAUCUGGGUAAUUUAUACUUAGUCCAGCUGCACGUAUGCCCUUGCAACUCAUAUUUUUCAAAGGAAUCAGUUGUUAGACUUGAUGCAGAUGGAGCAUCACACAUUAAUAGAAUGUAAUGUAAUCCCAGAUGCAUUGGGUUGUUUAUCCAAGGUCCUAGUGGAGUCCUGUGGCAUCGACAGUCAGGGCUGUUAACUUCUUAGCUCUAAGGAUGAAUCAUUUUCUUGUGGGUUCAGCAUUUUCACUUCCAAACAACUACAAUGCUCCCAUUCCUAAUCCCUCCUCUGUCAGUCAGAUUCGGGGCACAAUAUUACUUUCAUUGAUAGCUGGUUUACCCAAGUUCUAAACAACAUUUACCCAAACAUAUCCUAAAAAAAGUAAUAUUUCACAACCAGUAUAUCUAGCUCACUGGCAUGGAUUUAUAAGAUCUUUUAAAAUAUUUAUUUAUUUUCUGUUAUUUUCAAAAUGAGCUGCAACAAGUUAGGGACAAUGUCAGACCUGUAGCUUAGAUCUUACAUUAGUGGCUCCAUGGACCGAAUGUCUGUUGAUAACUCAAGUAGUUGAGAUUAUGAUGCCACCUAACAGUUAUUUUUUAUAAGCAAAUACCUGUCCUAGUUCUUAUAUAGAAAUUCUUGUUUUGUACUGAUGAAAUGGAAGAAAUGAAAACUGUAAUUCAGUGCUAUAAGUAAAGUAGACUACUA